CCAGCUUCUCCAGACGGACCAACUUGAGCCCCCACCUGCGGGUCCACAGCCGAGAGCGGCCCUUCACCUGCUCCACCUGCGGGAAGUGCUUCUCCGAUCGCAGCAGCGUCCGAGUGCACCAGCUGACGGUGCACGGCGAUUGUCGUCCCUUCAGGUGCUCCCACUGCGGGAAGCCAUUCGGCACCCGCAGCCACCUCAGGGCGCACCUGGCACCUGGCCGGCCGCUCGCCUGCACUGCCUGUGGUGAGACGCUGGCGGCGUGGUGCUGCCAGCGUGCGCACAGGCUCACCUGCCGGGUGACGGCCGGCGGGUUCAGGUGUGCUGAUUGCGGGAAGGACUUCUCAAAGCGCAGCUACCUGUCCGCCCACCGGCGGGUCCACCUGACGGAGAAACCCUUCAGAUGUCCAACCUGCAAGAAAGGGUUCACCACGCGCCGCAGCGUCCACGUCCACCAGCUGACGGUCCACAAGGGACUAAGGCCGUUCACCUGCGGCGUCUGCAGGAAGACCUUCGGCCAGCGGGGAGGCCUCGCCGCGCACAUGAGGACGCACACGGGGGAGCGGCCACACACCUGCGAGCAGUGUGGAAACAGUUUCUCCAGCAGCAGCGGCCUGUCGGUGCACCGCCGCGUCCACACGGGGGAGAAGGGCCCUUCGACUGCAACACUUGUGGGAAGAGCUUCAGCGUAGCGGGCAAUCUGCGGCGCCACCGCCUCGUCCACUCGGGCCGCCGCCACUUCAGCUGCGACGUGUGCGGCCGUGGCUUCACGCAGGCGGCGCACCUGAAGGCGCACCGGGCCGCGCACAGCGGCGAGUGGGCGUUCAUCUGCGAGGCCUGCGGUAAGGGCUUCGGGCAGCGCAGCGCGCUGCUGGCGCACGAGCGCGGCCACGCCGGCAUCAAACCGCACGGCUGCGGCGAGUGCGGGAAGAGCUUCUCCUCGGCCGCGUCGCUGAGACGCCACCAGCUGGCGCACGGCGGGCGAAAGGUUCACACUUGCGACCAGUGCGGGAAGAGCUUCACCAGCGCCCAGAUCCUGAAGACCCACCGGCGGCUGCACGCCGGCGGCGCUGCGUUCUCCUGCGACGUGUGUGGCCGCAGCUACAGUUCGCUGGGCUACCUGCGGACGCACCGCCGCAGCCACUCGGAGGGGAAGCCCUUCGGCUGCGCCCGGUGCGCGAAGACCUUCUCGGCACGGGCCAGCGCCAAGCUGCACGAGCGCACGCACAGCGGAGAGAAGCCGUACGUCUGCGAGGUCUGUGGGCGGAGCUUCAGCGCGUCACAGAACCUGGUCAGACACGCACGCGUCCACAGCGGAGAGAAACCCUACGAGUGCGGCGUCUGCGGGAAGAGAUUCAGUCAGAACAACAACCUGAAGUCUCACCUGCUGGUUCACUCGGGACUUAAACCCUUCAGCUGCUGCUCCUGCAGCCGGCGCUUCGCCUCCUCCAGGAGCCUCAAAGAGCACAAGUGUGCCUCUGCCGAGGGGGGGGGGGACCUCUGAGGACCUUACAUGAUGUGGUCUAUUAGAGGUGGGGUAGUCUGACCUCAUCUGGACUGAGGAGGACAUCGAGAUGCUUUAGUCUCUGGAAACCUGUCAGUCGCUGUGUAGUCCCGCCCAAAAGCAUCCCCUCUUUAUGGUCUGUUUGACUCUAAAUGGACCAUAAUCUACUAAAUGAACAUCAUGCUGCAUUGAAGACAACUUGAAACUAGAGACUGAGACCGUAAACUCAUGUUUACA